UUCGUUUCGUUUUCCGAGCUCAGCGUUAAGUAAUGGCGGAUGUGUUCGUUCGGUGCUGCGUCAGAAAAAUGAAAUUUUCAACCCGUUCUGAAUGAGUGUGGUGACUGAACUAGUGAAAAAAUGGAAGAUAGAAGCUUAGUGAAGGAAAAUAUCCUCGUACCAGAAUUAUAUUUUUUGAUUUCGAAAUUCUUGGCCAAUGGACCGCUGCGUGAGACCGCAAAGGUUUUGGUGCAAGAGUUGGAACAUUUAGACAUUUUACCUCGGCGUCUAGACUGGACCGGCCAGGAGCAUCGUCAGUCGCUGGAAGAAUUGGAAAGAAAGUAUCCACAUGUGGGACCAGAGCAUUUACUCGAAAUAUGCAGCCGUAUCGGACCACUGCUGGACAAGGUGUUGCCCCCGGCAGUGUCCGGGGUCAUGUCCAUCCUUGGAGCUGGACGGCAGAGUUUACUACGCACGAAGGAAAGCGUAUCCCGGCCGCGCCAGCUGAUCGAUUACUACACACGCCUGCACGAUCGGCCGCUGAGCGAUGUGGUCAAUCGCAACAAUACACACAACUUCGUGAAGGUGUUGUACGGGCGGGAAAGUGCGGGCCCACUAACGCGCCGUCAGGCCAUCCCAACCUCAUUCUACUCCAAGCAAACGUUACAAAGACGUACCCUGGGACACCUGUCGGCAGUGUACUGCGUGCUGUUUGAUCGUACCGGCAAAUAUAUCAUCACUGCGGCAGAUGACUUUCUCGUCAAGCUGUGGUCGGCCAUCGAUGGCCGAUUGCUGGCCACCUUCCGUGGUGCAUCGGCAGAAAUCACCGACAUAGCGAUCAAUCUCGACAACACGAUGCUAGCGGCCGGCUCACUCGACCGCAUACUGCGCGUCUGGGAUCUGCAGUACGGGGGUCCGAUCGCUGUACUGUCCGGUCACACGGGCAUGAUAACGUCGGUGAACUUUUGUCCAUCGCCGAAGACGGAUCUACGGUUUCUGGUGACGACGAGCACGGACGGUUCGGUCGCUUUCUGGGAGUACAGUACACGUAACGGCAAGACGACCUUCUCGUCGAAGCCUACGUCCUACCAUGAGAAAUUGCGUCCCGGCCAGGCACAGAUGAUCUGCGCAUCGUUCUCACCCGGUGGCAUCUUUAUGGCGGCCGGUUCCGCGGACCAUCACGUACGCGUGUAUUUGAUGUCGGAGGACGGUCCGAAGCGUAUCCUGGAAACAGAGUCGCAUUUGGACACGGUCGACUCGAUCCAGUGGGCCCACAAUGGACUGAACUUCAUCUCGGGCAGCAAGGACGGUACGGCACUGGUGUGGCACUUUGAAUCGCAGCAGUGGAAAUCGAUUCGGCUAAAUAUGGGUGACCGACUGCCAAACUGUCCGCCGGUGAAUCAGGAAGAUAACGUGAAGCUGAAGGUGACUAUGGUGUCGUGGGAUAAUACCGACAACUGGGUCAUCACGGCGGUAAACGACUUUACGAUCAAGGUGUGGAACGCUCACACGGGCAAGCUGCAUCGAGUUUUGCGUGGACACACGAACGAAAUCUACGUGCUCGAGUCGCACCAGAAGGACUCGGGCGUGUUGCUGUCAGCCGGCCAUGACGGUCAGCUGUUCAUCUGGGACAUUGUGGAAGGCGUGUCGAUGGCAAACUUUGUCAACCGAAUCGACGAUCACUGCGAGGGCGGCAUUUACGAUGCGAAAUGGUCUCCGGACGGUAUGAUGAUUGCGGCCACCGAUUCGCACGGCCACAUCCUAAUGUUCGGCUACGGGUCGGGGCACGAAAAGUUGAAGCAGCUGCCACAGGAGUUGUUCUUUCACACGGACUACCGCCCGCUCAUAAGGGACUCGGCACUGCAUGUGAUGGACGAGCAAACGCAAACGAUGCCACAUUUGAUGCCACCGCCGUUUCUGGUAGACAUUGACGGUAACCCGUAUCCGCCGGCGUUGCAGCGCUUGGUGCCAGGCAGGGAAAACUGUCCCACGGACCAGCUGAUACCGAACAUCAGCGUGGGGGGCGAAGGAGCUGAGAUACAGCAGCCGCCGGGUGUUCAGCCAGCCGGGGCACCAGCAAAUGCCCAGGAGGUGGGUGUCCCUGGUGGUGGUGCGUACUCCAAUAUUGACCGCAUGAUUGAAGCCCUGGCAAACCGACGGCAGGUCGAAGGUGGUGGAGCUGGCGGUCGAGGCGGCGGUGCUGCAGGAGAAGACAAUCAAGCUCCCGAUUCAAACAAUGAGCAGCGGGCCCGUGGAGAUGACGGUGGUGGGGGAGCGUUUCAGCCCGGGUCAGCUCGUCCAACAAACAACGCUAAUCCCCAAGCCGGUGCAAGGAAUGGGCAGCGUGGUUUUGGCUCGGCCGGGAACUGGCACCGUACCGAGGAAGGCUUCAAGUUCCACCGACGUCAGUACGUGCGGCCCAUGAGCUACUCGGCGAUGGUGAAUCUGAAGCAGCGCGUUUAUGCGGCCGGCAUACAGGAGCAGGAAAUGUAUCGGCGAGAGAUGCGUCGUCGCCCGGUAAUGAUCAACACUGCCAACAGUGCGUCUGCAUCCGGUGGGUCAUCCUCGUUUCUGGGAGGAAAUCGGAGGGCGGCUCGUGCCGGUGGUGGCGCUAAUCGAUCGCUGCGCCGUACCAACGGUGAGGGUGGUGCGAACGGCGCCCGACCGGCGUACCGGACGCGUGCGGUACGUGAAAACGAGCCCGCACCGCCGCCCGAACCGGAUGACGAUGAUGCACACGAAGAGCAAAAUGACUCAUCGUCGUCCGAGUCGAGCAACAGCGACUACUCGACUGCGAUCGAAGAGAAGCUAGAUUUAUCGGGCAGCAGCUCGAGCGAUACGGCCAGCUCGGAUUAUUCCGACUGGGUGUCGCACGAGCCGGGUCGAAAUCUGGAACCACCGAAACGGUCCAAGCGAAAGCACGUGCAGCGGCGCGCGUACUCGCCACCGGAUCCCGACCAGCCCGGUCCGAGUCAUGCGGCUCCCGGUGCCAGCAGCGGCACCGCGGGUGGACGCCGUCGUUCGACCAAGGUGCGCAAGAUACCGUUGACGCGGGAUGGUGAAAUCCCGGAACAGUUCCGACCGCCCGAAUGGUUGUCGGAGGUGAUCCCAAGAAAAGCGCCGUACUAUCCACAGAUGGGCGAUGAGGUGGUGUACUUCCGGCAGGGCCAUCAACGCUACCUCGAAGCGGUACGUACCAAGUCGGUGUACAAUCUAGGCAACCGCUGUGAACCCUGGUCAGGGAUGGACAUUCAAGCGCACGAGCUGUGCAAGGUGAUCGGUAUAAAGUACGAGAUACGGCCGCCCCGAUUGUGCUGCCUAAAGUUGGCGAUCAUCACGGAAGAGGGUGAGCUAACAGGACGCUCCUUUGCCAUCAAGUAUCACGACAUGCCGGACGUGCUAGACUUCCUGGUGCUGAAGCAAACGUUCGAUACGUCCGUUGGGCGGAACUGGGGCCCGGGUGAUCGGUUCCGUUGCAUGAUAGAGGAUGUGUGGUGGACCGGGCAGAUCGAGUCUCACAAUCAGCUGUCGCCCGACUUUCCCGACUCGCUGUUUAUGUGUUUCCGGGUGCGUUGGGACAACGGCGAGUACGAGCUGAUGAGCCCGUGGGAUCUCGAGCCGGUGGACGAAUCGCGGCAACCGGAGGAGGUGGGUGGCGCAGUGCCGGUGCUGCCCGAAGAGCUGCAGGCGACGCUGUAUCAACCGAAGCCGGAGGAAUGGCCCCGGGGCGAUCGGGAUGCUUCAUGCCGGCGCAUUAUCGCCGGCUUGGAGCAGGUGAUGGGGCUAGCGAUUGCCGAUCUCUUUCUAGCGCCGGUCGAUCUCAACAUCUACCCCGAGUACGCGUUCGUGGUGGAGUAUCCGAUCGAUUUAAACACGAUCAAAUCAAGGUUCGAAAAUCACUUCUACCGGCGCAUCACGUCGGCCCAGUUUGACGUGCGUUACCUAGCGACGAAUGCGGAGAAAUUCAACGAAUCACACAGUACGAUUGUGCGGAACGCGCGCAUCAUCACUGACCUGUGUCUGCGCAUACUCAGUGAUCUCAAUGAAAUCGAUGUACCGGCGGUGUAUCAUCAGCUGGUCGAUACGUACUUAUCGUCCGAUUCGGAGACUGAACGGCACCGGCCUGGCCCGUCGACAAGUUCUGCCGGAGGUGCUGGUCCAUCGGGAAGCGGCAUCUCAAGCAACCGACGGACGGGCUCUCGAAGGUCGAGACGGCUGGUGCCCGAAGGAGAUUGGCGGGUUGAUUGCCGGGAGUUGCUGGAGAUGAUUUGGCAGUGCGAUGAUUCGGAACCGUUCCGCGAACCGGUCGACACGAUAGAGCACCCCGACUAUCUGCAGAUUAUCGAUACGCCGAUGGAUCUGCGCACGAUAAAGGAGGAUUUGCUCGGUGGCAACUACGAUUCGCCGUACGACUUCUGCAAAGACAUGCGUCUCAUCUUUCAAAAUUCUCGCAACUAUAACACAAACAAACGAUCGAGGAUCUAUUCGAUGACUCUGCGACUGAGCACUUUGUUCGAGGCACACAUAAAGGCUGUCAUCUACAACUGGAAAUCUGCCCGCAGGCGUAAUCGGGGUGGGGUGGGUAGCAAUCAUGAUCUCCUCCCCACCGCUGGUGGUAGUAACGGACUAGCCACAUCGUCAUCUAAAAGGCGCCGGCAAGAUCGCCGCGAUGGCGCGGGUCCGAGUAGCAGCCGAAGAGGUGGUGGUGCUGCUGCUGCAUUGAACAGCAGCUCCGGUAUGAAUACGAGUGGAAGCUCUUCGCGUACCACUGCCAGCCACAAUACGGCACAAUCCGACGAUGACGACGAUGAUGAUGAUGAUGACGAGGAAGAGGAGGCGGGUGAUCGUCGUGCGGUGAAAAGUCGACCCGCGAAGCGUACACGAAAUGGUGGCAUGCUAGCGUCGUCUACAUCGCGCCGCGGUCAAUCUUCGACGAGCGUGGUGGGCGGUUCGAACGGUGUAUCGUCAUCGUCGGCAGGGGGAGGAGCAUUAGGUAACAGCAACAAUGUGAUAGACCCGCUAACCAUACCGGGUCCCAGUAGUAGUCGUAGCAGUCGGGCAGCAGCCAGUGGUAGUGGUGCGCGCAUGCUGACCCGCCGUGGCCGCAGGUCGCAGGACGAGGAUGAGGAGGACGAAGAGGAGGAGGCAGCCAGUAGUGAGGAGUCGGACGAGAGCACUAGCGACACGACCAGCGAAUCGGACAGCGAGGAUGACGACGAUGAUGACAGCACGGGAGUGCCCGUUUCGCAUCGUGCUGAUUACGAUUCGGGCGAGAUGUACGAUCCGUACAAACGGCGCAAACGGCGAUCGCAGCAGAAAAAGAAACAGAAGAAAAGAAGCAGGAAGGUUCAUCGGAAGGUGGCGGGCGGUGGUGGCAAGCAUACGGCGGUCAGCUCCACCACCAAACGGAAACGUCCCGGCGUGUUGGACGACUCGCCACCGAUAGCGGCCGGUAGCAGCAGUGGGAGGCGUGUACCGGCGGCAGUGCGCGCUGUGCGACAGGAUCUGUUCGGUACGGGAUCUGCUCAAACCGGUCAACUCGUUGCCGGUGACGCGAGUGGAACGCGCUCGCUUCGUAAUGGGACAGUCUCCAGUGUUGCUUCAUCCAGAGCAACGGCGGAUGGUGGUGAGGUGGGUGGAGAGGUGGAAGCAGGUCCAUCGGGACAAAACGAAAACAGCAAGCCAAAGACUAUGUUGGGAAGCAAGCGGCUACGCAGAAGCACCCGAAAUCAGUUGGAUGAUACGUCCAACGAUGAAGAUGAUGAUGACGAUAGCGAGCGAGACGCGAGGGAGGACGGUGCACUAGGUGACGGGCGUGCCUAUCGUGGUCCUCCGGCCAAACGUAAUCGUAGUCGGUAUGAAUCCGACCACAGUUACCACAAGGAACGUCCCAAAACGUCGCGAAUAGUUUCCGAUUCCGAUAACGAAACUGUCGGUGAACCGUCACGCUCGACCAGAGGCAGCGUGCGGCGUGCGCAAGCCGAGUGGGGCAAGAGCGAGGACAGUUUAGAAGAGCGGAACAAUGGCGAUGAUGAUGAUGAUGACGAUGAGGACGACGACGCUAAUGGUAUCGAGCGCCGUCACGGUAGAAGGAAUGGCGGUGCUAACAAACUGCGCUCAGAAAAUGAGGAGGACGACGAUGAUGAUGAUGACGACGACGACGAUGAUGAUGAGGAAGAUGUUCGUGUUGGACGCAGCACCCGCCAGACGGUACCCUCCUCAUCUUCUAGCGCACCGCCGACUCGACGUAUGCGAGCUCGCAAGCUUCCAUCGGACCACGAGCAGAGCCCCGAAGAGACGAGCAACAUUAGCAAACGUAGCUCGGCAACACAACGAACCCAGCGUGUAGCGGCGGGACAAAGCCAUUCGAGCACGAGACAAACGGCCAGUGCCGGCACGCGGAACAAUUGGUAUGCCAGCGAGAGCGAUAACGAUGUUAAUCACUCGGCGGGAACGUCGGUUGCUUCGACCAGUUUCCAUACCGUUCGCUCGUCCCGCCGGCUGCUUGUGGAAACCUCCGACAUGGUAGUUGCUGCUAACGGGUCGUCCCAGUCUUCUUCGAUGGUGCGGAGAACGAUAACGAGCAGUACCACGAGUUCGGUGCGACGGUUGCGCGGCAUGGAGGUGAAUGCGGCCAGUGGUGCUGCCACACCGCCACCGCACACCGUUGAUCAUAACUACGGUGAGCCAGGUCCUUCUUCCGCCAGAUCCGUACCAGCAUCGUCGAGUGGCGCGAGCGGUACGGCACCUGGCACGUCCAGCAGUACCCUCCCAUCGAGUGCCACACCCGUUGGUGGUGGUGUAAGCGCCCUGCGACGGACGCGCACUCGUAGCACGGUACUGUCCCGCCAUCAGCGAAACCCGGACGAGCUGGAUCAGGGUGUGGCGGCGGUGCAGGAGGUGCGCCAAGAGGUGACCGAUGGUAUCGAUGGUGUGGCCGAAGAUGGAAGCGAUGAGGAUGACAAUCAACCGCUAAGGAUGGCGACGGCUCCUCUUCGAUCGUCACGUUCCACCACCACGGCACGGCAACUGCGGACGAGAACGGGUGCGGACGGUGCUUCACCGCUGAAAAGGAAAUCGACGCGUGCUUCGUCGUCGCACGAGGAGGAUCUGCUGGACGGUGCCGAUAGCAGCGACGAUAGCGAUGAUUCCGAUGACGACAAUACACCAUUGCACAUGAUGGCGGGAUCAGCGUCCAGGACGCGCAGCAGCCGAUCGCAAACUGCGUCCGUCGCGGGAACACCGAAAAAGAACGAAAGCAGCUCCACGUUCGGUAGCCGCGUGGCGGCGGCGCAUCGAACACGGCGAAAAGAGCGGUACACUUCGGAUGAAGAGUAUGAGGCACCGGGCCCCUCCAGCGGACGGUCAACGCGAAAGCUGAAACGUCCCCGCUACAACGAAGAAUCGGACGAGGAAGAUGAGAACGAUCGUCACCAUCCGGGAGACAGCAAUCAUCAGAGUCGAGCGCAACGGAACACUGCCCGCCAACGUCAGCGAGCCAUGCGGCAGGACGACGACGAGGACAACGAUGACGAGGAGGACAAUAUUGCCCGUGCGCUCGCUAACAUUCGGCAACGGUCCCGCCGGCAGAUAGCGGCGUCCUCCUCCACGGCACAGCACGACGACGACGGUGGUGACGCAACGGCGGCCAACAAUGUCAGCAACCGGCCACCAGCCUCGACGCGAUAUCGGCGAAGCUGAGCACAGGCUGCGGCAGCAUCAGCAGCAGCACCCACCUCACCGCAGCAAUGGUGCUGCCGGUCGGUUGCCGCGUGACAGCAGUCUGCCGGUGGAAGCGCCGCAAGCCGAUGAAGAUGAACCGGCUAGACCAUCGUCAAGAUACACGAGGGGACGCGACGCAAGCCACCAUCACCACCACCGCCACCGUACUGACAGUGACGAGGAUGACGAGGACGUGCGGGGGGACGAUCUGGCGGAGAAUGGGGCGGGCGAUGCUGCCACGCUGCUCACCAGCGUUAGUAGCCGUGGUCGUAUAAGGCGCAUCAACCCCAGGGUGCGGAAAAUAUUCGGUGAAUAGUGCUACGCCCCGGACGGGGAGGAAACCGGCAGCAGCAGUAGCAGUGAGGAUCGCUUCCCACUGUUACAUAGCAGCACGGGCAGGAUGCAGCAGCAGCAGCAGCUCGAUCAGUGUGUCGAAGAGCUGCUGCUGCACGAUGCGACUACCACCACCACAACGACAGUGAGCAGCCUGGACGUGCAGGUGGACGAUGUGGUGUAUGACAUCGGCGACGUGAUGCUGUUUUCGUCAAGUCCGCCUAGCGCCACGCUGGAAGAGCUGGAGUUUAUUUUAGGUACUUAAGAUGCAUCUCCGUUCUGUCUGCAUCCUACCUGCUGCUGCUACUGCUGCUGCUGCUUCAGUAUCUUCUAACCAACCCAUUUUUUUGGGCCAUUUGUCUCUGUCUGUCGUGGGAACACGUGUAAGACUGAUUGUAAGAGAGCGUGCGUCGUGAAAUUGUGUGUGUGAGUCGUCGUUGUUGCCGUUAACAUUCCCGUGCUUGCUGGCGCGCGGUCGGAUUAUAUUAGUUCGAUCGGUUGCUGUUUACUGUGUUCGUAACUUCUAACCCACUUCUCUCAUCUGCUGUGCUGUCGAUGGAUCGUCAUUCACCUUCUCCUAUUCCGGCAACAAGCAACAAAGUAUAGGCCGGAAAGGAAGAACGCCGGCAUAAUUUCUCUCACAAUCCUGUACAAUAUACAUACAUAGGUUACAGUUAAUUUCCUUACGUUAGCAAUGUAAUUAUCGUUCGUCCUAUGGAGAAACGGGCGCUAGAAAGAGAGAGAGAGAGAGAGAGAGAGUGAGCAACACAAACACUUGCUCUGCAUAUGUACAACUAAACCCAGCAGCCCUUGCAUGUUAAACGAACCGGGGCCGAACUACAGAAGAUUCGUCGUCGUCGUAGUUUGUACCACCUACUAUUCCUUUUCUCCGUUGUACACAUUCACAAUACACAGUACGAAGUAAUGCCUGUAAUGGGUACCGCCACCACCACCACCCUCUCGUUAAUAUUAAACUAAGAGUUAAGCGUAUUAAGAGUGUCUCUGUGUCGCGUAUUUGAAGCGGGGUAACAAAGUAACUAUUAGAAUCGUUUGCGGUAAGUGCUAAAACGGAAGGUAAUAAAUUGUGGAUAAAUAUCGAAAA